AUGAGCGCUGCAGUGGAGCCUACUCAGCGCCCGUCAGGGUCUCCCACUGGACCUGGCGCAUCUGGCGCCUCCGGAGUAGGGACUUCCGAUGUGGGUGCACCGGGAACCCCCCAUCCUGACCUUAUAUUUCCACCCGCAGAUAUGAGGGGUGUCAUCGAGAAGACAGCACAGUUUGUGGCAAAAAAUGGGGCAGAAUUCGAGUCUCGCGUGCUCCGGGAGCAGAGCGCCACGAAGUUUGGUUUCUUGCUGCCAAACAAUCCUUACCACGCCUUCUACAAGCUUAAGGUCAGAGAGUUCACCACGGGUGAAGCUGCGCCGACUCCACAAGUGCCUCAGGCCAUUCGAGACAUGCAGCAGAAGCAGCAGCAGGAGAAACAACAGCAGCAGCAGCUGCUGAUGUUGACGCAGAUAGGGGAGAGCGAGAAAGAAGCUAACAAGGAACAAAUUGAACCUCCUCCCCCACACCAGUUCGUGCUACAGCAUCCGUGGGUGGCUCCCAUAGAUUUGGACAUCAUCCGCUGCGCCGCGCAAUUUGUGGCUCGUAACGGUCAAAAGUUCUUGGCGGGUUUGGCUCAGCGAGAGCAGCAAAACCCGCAGUUUGCCUUUCUCAAGCCUUCACACCAUCUGUUUUCCUUUUUCGCGUCGCUUGUGGAUGCAUAUACGAAGUGUCUUCUGCCACAGAAAGAGAUGCUCGAGAGUAUAAAGGAGACUGCGGGGAAUCGCCAGGCGCUCUUAGCACGGGUGCGGCGUCGUAUGAUGUACGAGCGGCAGCAGCUUCAGCAGCGCAAAGAAAAGGAAACCAAAACACAGGAAGAAAGGCGGCUGAUGAUGUCGCUAGAGUGGACAGACUUUCAUGUUGUCGAGACCAUCGACUUCACGGAGGAAGAUGAACGGCUGCCACUUGCAGCCCCCAUCGACUUCAAGUCUAUCCCUAAGGAGCUGCCCAAGGCAUUGUUAGCAGAGGAUGGCACCGCUGCGGAUGGGUUGGCAGAAGAAGGUGAUAAAGUGGACUCUAUCGCUAAGCUUAUUGAGGGUGCGGACGCUGAUCAGGAUGACGAAGCCAUGGAAACAGAAGACGAGGAGGAAACAGCCAAACAAGCCAUAGACAAGAGACAGGCGACGGCAGGCAGUGCUGAUGCUGCAGAAGCAGCGGAAAGGGCUGCGGCGGAAAAGCAGCAAGAGCUGCCACCAGCCCCAGCUGCGCCACUGAGAGUCGUGAAGGGAUACGUACGCACGAAGAAGAGGCAGGCGGCUACAGGGGCCUCCAGUGGCUUCCAGCGGUGCCCCAUUACAGGGCAGCUAAUACCUGCAGACCAAAUGACAAACCAUCUCAGAAUUUUAUUGCUUGACCCCAAGUGGAAGGAACAGAAGGAUCGGUUCCUUGAAAAGGCGCAAGCGGAGUCUGCCUUCGCUCCAUUAGAAGACGUAGAGGGUUACCUUGCACAAUUUGUGGCCAAGAGACCAGAUCUCUUUGGUUCCGUUGAUGACCACGCGCGGUUGGAGGCUGAGGCUGAAGUUGACCCGCUUCGUGCAGAGGCGACAGUCGCGGCCGUUGGAGUUUCUGGGGAGGCACCAGAAGCAAAAAGGCAGCGGGUGGACAGCACGCCUUCUGCACCGGCAGCGGCUGCUGAUGGCGUCCCCUCGCUGCUGCUGCUGACUGUUGUUUGCCGUGAGGGAGAGGGCCUUGAGGCGCAGGAGGCCCAGGUGGAGGUCGAUCGCUCCCUUACGGGCGCUCAACUGAAACAAUCUCUCUUGGAUGCUGGCAUCGGUGCAGAAACCCUCAGGGCGAGAGAUCUUCAGCUUUCCACUUCCGUUGAUGGCCCAGCCAUGCUAGACCACCUGACGCUGGUUGAGGCCGGGAUCCGCUCUCCGGAGAGCCGACUUUAUCUUUCAGUUGUUUCGCGUUGA